UUUAAAGGGAAUUUGGAAAGGGGGAACAAAAUUAAAGGGGGAAAAAAGUUUAAAAGUUAAGGGAAAGGAGGAGAAAACUUUAAAGAGAAAAAUUGAAGAGGGAGCUAGUUUUUAUUUUUAAUUUUUUUUUUAAGAGGAGGAAAAAAAAAUAAUUGAGGGAGAGAAAAAAAAAAUACUAAUUGCGAAGAGCUUGAUCCGGGAGAACAAUACUCGCCGGGAAAGUUGCUGCGCGGCGGGGAGGGAGCGGCGGGAGGAAAAUGCCGCAGCUGGGCAGCGGCGGCGGGGACGACCUGGGCGCCACGGACGAGAUGCUGGCCUUCAAGGACGAGGGCGAGCAGGAGGAGAAGAUCCCCGAGAACGCCUUCACCGAGCGCGACCUGGCCGACCUCAAGUCCUCGCUGGUGAACGAGUCGGAGGGCAGCGGCAGCCCGGCCGCGGCCGCCGCCGAUGCCGAGGCCCUCCGGCGAGUGCAGGAUCCGCAGAGGGUGUACCAGGAGAAGCUCCCGGACCACAUGGAUGAUGCAGGUAUGAAACAUCAGGACCCAGGGAUGUAUAAAGGAUCUGCCUAUUCUGGUUACCCUUUCCUGAUGCUCUCAGAUCCGUAUCUGCCCAAUGGAUCUAUGUCACCUCUGUCCAACAAAGUUCCCGUGGUGCAGCCAUCGCACGGAGUGCACCCGCUCACCCCGCUCAUCCCCUACAGCAACGAGCACUUCAGCCACGGCUCCCACUCCCCCCACCUGCCUGCUGACAUCAACCAGAAACAAGGAGUGCACCGUCCUUCGCAGACCUCAGACAUCCCUGGUUUCUACCCCCUGCCCCCCGGAGGAGUGGGGCAGAUCACGCCGUCGAUGGGAUGGUUCACUCACCCUCUGAUGCUGGGCUCUGGCAUGCACACCACCGGCAUCCCGCACCCCGCCAUCGUGCCCCACUCUGGCAAGCAAGAGAUGGAGCACUACGACAGAAACAUGAAACCUCAGCCAGAACCAAAGAGAGAGAAGGAAGCCAAGAAGCCCACUAUUAAGAAGCCCCUGAACGCUUUCAUGUUGUAUAUGAAAGAAAUGCGGGCGAAAGUCAUCGCCGAGUGCACCCUGAAGGAGAGUGCUGCCAUCAACCAGAUCCUGGGCAGGAGGUGGCACGCUCUGUCCCGGGAGGAACAGGCCAAGUACUACGAACUGGCUCGCAAGGAACGGCAGCUCCACAUGCAGCUCUACCCCGGCUGGUCUGCCAGAGACAACUACGGGAAGAAGAAGAGACGAACACGGGAAAAGCAGCAAGAUUCCAGCUCAGAUCCUGCCUCUCCUAAGAAAUGCAGAGCUCGCUUUGGCCUCAACCAACAAACGGACUGGUGCGGCCCGUGCAGGAGGAAAAAGAAGUGCAUUCGGUACCUACAAGGAGAAGGACGCUGUGCCAGCCCAGUUUCUUCCGAUGGAAGUGCUAUAGACUCCCCUCCAUCCCCACCGGACGCACUCCGAUGCAUCCCCUCCGCCUUCCCGUCAGAGCAGCUCGCAGCCCCCGCCGACCCCGCGCACCGCGACCAGCCCGACCCCUGCCCCGUGUCCGCGCACCUCCCGCCCGCCUCCGGCCCCUCCAGACCCGGCGCCCGGCGUUGCUCGGCGCCCCCCGCCUACAGCCGCACCUCCUCGGGGACAUAGUCCCUACCUGCCCCCGGACGAGGACCAGAGGCACAGCCAAAUCCCCAUCUCACUGUAAAACAUGCAAAGUUUGGCCACAGGAUGACUUAAGGAUGAUGGAAAACUCACUUGGUUGGGGUUUUUUUGGAGGGGAGGGGUGAUAAAGAUAGAAAAGCAAUUUCAGAAAAAAAAAGGUAAAAAAUAAGUACUUGCCAAAAGUUAAAGUGCUGAUGAGUAAACAAGCCUUUUGUCCCUGCCCUGUGAUGCUUUUUUUUGUUUGUUUGGGGUUUUGUUUUGGUUUCUUUUUUACUGCAUUAUCUCCACGCGUGGCAGAGAGCAGAGCCACAUCCCCAGCUUGCUGCUGUAGGUGGUAGGUGCUGUCAGUCUAACCCUGGCUUCCACUCCCUGCCCUCCGAGCUGCUUCAAAGAGUAGUCACUCACAGAUGUCCCAUAGCCCUUACACCAAGGAGCUGGAAAAGCUGGAAUAGGAAAAUUUUUUUAAAAGCCCAGAUGUCUGAAAAGGAAACAAAGCGAUGCCAGCGUUCUGAUCUGACACGGUAAAACAGAAAUUAAAUAUUUAAAGCAAUGAGGUGAAUUUUUUGAACUUCUUGUUUGAGAACAGGAAGAUGUUGUUUGCAGGUAACAGGUCUCUGUGCAGACAUGUUCCCUUCCAUGGUUGUACAGCAAGGCAGAGGAAAAGGGAGCACCAGCCAGGCAAAGGAGCACGGACUGGC